GCCGCCCCCGCCCCCUCCCUCCGCGCCGCCCCGCCCGCCGGCGCCGCCGGGCCCCGCCGCCCCGGUAUGAAGGCGCUCCGACACAAGAUCGAGCUGCUCACAGACCCAGCUACCGGUGAGGCUGAUUUUCCUCCCAUUUUUUAACACUGGGAUUGUGCCCCAGGGGAUCGCAGGGUUGCUUGGUCGGUGGAUCUGCAGGCUGCAGCAUCUCGACUGCUCUGGUGGGCUGCAGGGCUGCUGCUGCAGGAGAUGACCAUGGCGGGGCUGCAUGAGCUGUGCUUCACUGAGGAGAAGCCGUUGCUGCGGGGUCAGGAUGCCGAGCUGGAGAACUCGGAUGUCUUCCUCUCCACUGUGGACACAGACUGGAAGGAACAUGACAUUGAGACCCCCUACGGGCUGCUGCACGUGGUCAUCCGGGGCUCACCGAAGGGGAAUCGCCCGGCCAUCCUGACGUACCACGAUGUGGGCCUCAACUACAAGCUUUGCUUCAACACCUUCUUCAACUACGAGGACAUGCAGGAGAUCACGAAGCACUUUGUGGUGUGCCACGUGGACGCGCCAGGCCAGCAGGCAGGAGCCUCGCAGUUCCCUCAGGGGUACCAGUACCCAUCCAUGGACCAGCUGGCUGCCAUGUUACCCAGUGUGGUGCAGCAUUUUGGGUUCAAGUACGUGAUUGGGAUUGGUGUUGGGGCAGGAGCCUACGUGCUGGCCAAGUUUGCGCUCAUCUUCCCUGACCUGGUUGAAGGACUGGUCCUCAUGAACAUCGACCCCAAUGGCAAAGGCUGGAUUGACUGGGCAGCUUCCAAGCUCUCUGGCCUCACCAGCACGCUGCCGGACACCGUCCUGUCCCACCUCUUCAGCCAGGAAGAGCUGGUGAACAACACGGAGCUGGUGCAGAGUUACCGGCAGCAGAUCGGCAGCGUGGUGAACCAGUUCAACCUCCAGCUCUUCCUCAACAUGUACAACAGCCGCAGGGACCUGGACAUCAACCGGCCUGGGACUGUGCCCAAUGCCAAGACGCUGCGCUGCCCUGUGAUGCUUGUGGUUGGAGACAACGCGCCUGCUGAAGAGGGGGUGGUGGAGUGUAACUCCAAGCUGGAUCCCACCAACACCACCUUCCUGAAGAUGGCUGACUCCGGUGGGCUGCCCCAGGUCACGCAGCCCGGCAAGCUGACCGAAGCCUUCAAGUACUUCCUGCAAGGCAUGGGCUACAUCGCCCACCUGAAGGAUCGGAGGCUGAGUGGAGGCACAGUGCCAUCCGCCAGCAUGACCCGCCUGGCACGCUCCCGCACGGCCUCCCUCACCAGCGCCAGCUCGGUGGAUGGCACCCGCCCACGUCCCUGCACCCACUCAGAGAGCACCGAGGCCAUGGGGCAGAUCAACCACACCAUGGAGGUAUCGUGCUGAGGUCCACACCUGCUGCCGACGUCUCCUCCAGAGCCAUCUCCCAUCUGUCAGCAUCCAGCACCCACCCGCCCCAUGGACAUCCUCCACCAGGGCCCUGGCUCCUUCGGGGUCGAUUCGUCUUCUUUGCCAUUGGCCUCAUCCUCUUGUCUAGUACUGGAGAAGGAGAGGGGCUUCGCUUCACUGCCUCCCAGCUCCAGCUCCUGGCUUUGUCCAGCAGUCACACAUGGUUCUGCAUCGGUCCUCACCCUCCCCAACAUCAGCUUGGCCCUGGCUUGGGAGUAUGGGUGGCAGGUGGACGGGGCCGGGAUGGGGGAGCAGGGGCAGGGUGAUGAGUUGGGGACAGGAUGGUGGGAUGGGGCAGGACAGCAAACUGUGGGCAGGACAGAAGGACAUGGAGAGGACACAGGAGGUAGGCUGGUCCCCCAAGGUCAACCAACGGCUGGCCAAACCAGAAGAAAGACAGAGACAGGGAGCGGCGCUCACUGGGAGGUCACUGGGCCCUUCCUGGGGAUGCAGCUCCCAUUUCUUCCCAACGACCCUCCCUGGGAAGAGCUAGAAUGGGAUCCCACCCCGGGCCUGCUGCCCCAGAGCUAGCUGAGCCUUGUGAGAAAUCACACCCCAAACUGUCUCCUCGCCCUGGUCGUGUACCCCGCGAGCCACCUCGGAGCAUGGGGAGAGGUCUCAGCUCUGAUCCAGAAGCCAUUGGGGCAGGAAGGUGGCAUGGGGGUUCCCCUGCCUCUGCCCUCGCCCGUGGUGGCACUUCCUUAGUCCUUUGUUGCAAGAAGGACAAUCGCCACCUGCCACCAAAAACGCGCUGGGAGGGAAGGGGGGAGCUGUGUCCCCUGACCUGCUCGGUCCCUGCCACACUGGCAGUUCUACUCCCAGCUCUUGGGCUGAGGCCGCCAGGCCUCAGACGCCGCCGGGUUUGGGGAUGUUGCAUGGCAGAUCCCCCUCCAGUUUCGUCCCAGCCUGUGGGUGUCACCACAGUCGAGUCAUUAGCAAUAAGAUGAGACACUCCCCCCCUGCAAUGCCCUCAGUGCCCUCUGCCCCGCAGGGUGCAUCCCCGCAAAGCGCUGGCAGUGUGGGGUGACCCCUGGACCUGGGGAGCACCCCAGUGUUGGCUGGCUUUGCCCACAGGUUGGCUUUGCCCACAGAGCCAGCCAGGCUCACCAUGGCCCCCCAAAUCUACACCCCUCAUCCUCAGCAUCUCGCCCGGGCACCACAUGGGGCUUCUCUCAAGGGCUUGGCUCCCCCAGGGUGUGGGGCCCCCCAUCUGGCCACCGGCUCCGGGUGGAUCCAGCCUCUUGCGCCCGGCAUGGAGAGCCAUGCCAUCGUGUAACCCUGCUGUCGGCCACCCAGCCUCUGCUGCUGCCAGCAGCCUACCCCACAGGCAGAAAAGCCCAGCCCCUCCAGCACCCAGGGUAAGGGAGCCCCUGGCUCUGGCAAUGGGUGCUCAUGUCUUUGCGGGUGGUCCGCAGGGGACCCCAGCAGGGACUUAUGGGGGACCCCCCGGGUGCCACCACUGGGUGAGCAGAACCAGCCUGCUGGGAGCAGGUCCCACCCAGCCCCCCAAAAGCACUGCCCCCCCCCAACCCUGUCCCCACUCCCCAGUGAGGGGCACAGAGGUCCUGGGGCUCCCAGCGGGUGUAUGAGGGCUUUUGGCUCCGAGACCCGUGCCCUGCCCAGCCCCUCCCAUAACACCACCCCAAAACACCAGUGUCCCUAUUUGUCCCCCACUUUGUUCUGCUGUGUGCUUCCUUCUCAGUGUGACUCUGAAAGCUAUGUAGCUCCUUUUUACUGUAGAUACCGCUGCGAUCUCUUGUUUUCUCAGCGUGUCCUUCCAGAUAUAUAUAAAAAUACCUAUACAUAAUAUAUAUAAGGGUUUGUCUGAUCCCUGACCUUUUGGGGUUCAAUUCCCCCUUGCAUUCUCAUCCAAGCAGUGCUGUGUGGUUCUCCUGGAGGUGCUCUGGCCGUACUCGCCUUUGGUUCCUCACCUUGGUUUUGUUGGUCAGUUUGGUUUUCUCUGGUGGUUUGUUCUUUUGAUUUUUCUUGGUUUUCCUUUUUUUCCCGGUCACAGCAGAAUUUAAUGCGUUUUCCUGUCUGAGCAUAACCUGGUUUUGUCAUGGCGGGCGGCAUCAAGGCUGCCACACUCACGAGAUGGCAAUAUGUAAACCGGAUUUAACUAACCUGUUGCUGUAGAGAGGAUUUACUGUGUUGGAAAAAAACCCAACAAACUAAUAAAGAUGUUAAGAACCUGC